AUGUUGAUGAUCGAUAGUGGAAAAGCAUUUCUUGAUGGGAUGCGGUUGGAGUCGUUGGCAACGACACUCGAUGCACGGGCCACUCCACUCUGGGCCGGAUUUCAGGCGAUCACGUGGACUCGUGAGAACUUGACAGGGGCGUCGCGUCUUGCAGCUGGGUUGGCUUCCAAAGUUCGACUCCCAAAACUCAUAUUCUCUCCGAAAAAGCUUUUGGUAUUGUCAAUAAUCCGCCCCAUGUCAAGUCUUCGACCCUUCAAUUUCAAUUCUGAGCAUCUCCCGAAUGGCCCGCCUUCUGAAGAGAAGCCUUUGACCAAUCCCAUGGAAAUGCUCCUUGCGCGUUACCCUACGGGCAGCAACCUCCAAAACCCAAACUUUAUGCUCAUCCACGCACGCCCAAAUGCUUUCGAUGAAUAUCAAGAUCCUCUUUACGCUGCUCUUGCCGCUGGAUCCACGAUACCCCUGGAAAAGUCCAAUGAUCCAUUGAGGAAGAAAUUUUGGAUGAAGACUUAUUCGGAGAACGAGGGUAUACUGGAAAAACUAGAAGCAGAGGGCAUACUGCAACGGACUGGGGAGGAAGAGAAGCAGGGCUACAUCACCUUGAUUGCCGUCGAAACAAUCCUUACCAGAGGCCAAUGGGCCGAGAUAAUUAACAUCCUUAAGCACUUGCUAUUCGCUGUAAAUCCUGGCCUCUCCAUCUUCUAUGACCGACAUCAUCCUCUGCAUAUCCAAGGCAAGAGCUUCCAAGCCAGCCGUCCCUCGCCUUCCGUCACAAGUUUCGAAAGUGCUGAACUGUUCAAGAUGAGUAUCUAUGACCCUGCCCGGAUAAUUUAUGGAGAUAGCUUGUGUGUUCCCGUUUGUCCUCCUUCGACCGGUUUCCAAAGUUCAAUGAUCACAGGUCACCAAUGCCACCUUUGCAAUGCCUCUCCUAUCGUUUUCGAUUAUCGGUGUUCAGUCGAUAGAAACCUCAACUUUACCACGGGCGAGAGAAGUUUCGAGCGUUUUCCAAAAUUUCCUCCGGAAAUUCGAUGUCUGGUUUGGAGGCACUUGGUGCCCGUACGAACUGUAGCCCUCAUCACACCGAUCAACUACGCCAUCAUGCCUCGCCGUCUCUUCGAGAGUCCAGCACCUAUUACACGUGGCAUCAACAAAGAAAGUAGAAUAGAGACAUUCCGCUAUUUCCGUAUAUUCAGAAGAGAGGGUGGGUAUUUUAGGGUUCCGCCGAUGUGGGUAAGUAAGGAAGAUCGGCCUUACAUACAUUACGACGCCUUAAACCAGCAUGGUUUGGUGCGGGUAGUGUUCAUAACCAUGAACGAUGGCGCACAAAACUGGAUUAAAGAAGUUGAAGAUUUUCGAAUUAUAGACAUCAACUCGAGAGAGCUUAAGGACAGCCUGGACAUGUCACCGAAUUAUAGGAGGGAGUGUUUUCGGGGGUUGCCCAACUUGAAAAGGCUUACCAUGUCCCUCCACGAUCAUGAUCCGAUUCAUCCGUCAGAUAUCGAUUGGCUACAGGAGCAACUGACUCUUUCUCUUAUAUCUUUGCGCAGGCGCCCAGUUCCAGAGAUUAUUUGGGAGGUGACCAGGAGAUACAAUAUGUGGUUGUCAAGAGACCCUGGAGAAGGGCCUCAUGCAGGCAGUAGUUGGACAGUUAAUCUCGGCAUUACAGCUUCAACAUGGGUGCUAGGUCUGGACUUCUGGCUCCUGUACAGUGCUAGGAGAGAUUCAUUAAAGAUGUUUUUCAAGAGAUUGAAAAUCCUUGGUCAGGUAUCGAUGUAUUCAUACAAAGGCAAUCGACCCGGCCACAGCGUUUAA